CUCACAGUCACUUCCUUCCUGUAUAGAGAAUAUAGCCAUUUGCUGCACUGGAGGAGCAAGAAAGAAAGAAAGACAAGAAGACAAAGGCAGAGAGACAAAGAGACAAAUACAGGAAAAGCACAGAAUGUUAAGUUUUGAAAGAUACAAUUCAUACUGCAAGCGACACUCCACUUCAACACGGUCUGGUUCUGUCUCCUCUGCUCCUUUCACAUAGUUUCAACCCCAAAGAGUGUAAUGAAGUGAGCGAAGCAACAUUCUGCAAGCUUCAGCCACUACUUGGUAGAAAACAACAAAAGCAGUGGCGAAGCCCAUUCACUGCACAACCAGCCAUUAGCCACUGCCCAGUGACAGGCAAUGACAACAAAGUGACAUCCUAACUGAAGACUUGCCUUCAUGAUUAAUCUGAAGCACAGAAAUGAAUAAAUUCACCACAGAAACGCAUCCAAUAAUACAGUGUAUAAUUGAUGGAAAGCUUGAGGACCUCAAAGAAUUAUUGAAAGACUGUGACAUUAAUGAAACCUUCCCAUGCAGAAAGUGCGAUGAUUUUAUCACCCCUCUGAUUGCUGCUGUUGUAAAUCACAAAUGGGAUAUUUUCACUUACCUUCUAAAUCAAUGUGCAGACCCAAAUACAGCUUCCCGAAAAACCUUUACACCUUUGCAUUAUGUCUCAUUGUUCAAAACACCACCUAUAUUUGCCAGGAAACUGCUUGAAGCAAAAGCUAAUCCAGAUGGAUUUAAAGGACCGCAGCGAUUCACACCACUGCAAACUGCUGUUGUCAAUCACAGGGAGGAUGUUGUGAAAGAGCUCGUAUCUGCUGGUGCAUUGGUUACAUUGUUAACUGUAAAAGACAGUGACCAUAAGAUUUGCAACAGACAAAUAGCUCAGAUGAUUCGUAACCUUGCACUGAAAAGAGAUGAACUGUGCUCCAAAAUAUCAAUUUUUCUGGAUAUACACAUUGCCAUUCAAGAGAAAACAUAUGAAGAAGUGUUAAGAAUUGCUGAAAGUCACAUGUUGCGAGAGCAUCCUCAGAACCAUAUGACCAUGAUUGAAAUGCUCUUCAAUGUAAAUGGGCCAGAUAGAGAAAACUACAGCCGGAGAAGCAUGGAAUGGCUGAAGGACACUGAAAAUGUGAACUCCUUCAUUGAUAGUGUCAUCAGUCGCUUUCCGCACAUCUCUGUGCCAAAUGUAAAGUUAACAAUCGAUAGUUUACAUGCAGUUUUCUGCACAAUGGAUGAGAUACCAAAUGAGCAAGCACUAGCUAUAAUCCCCCAACUACUAGAAUGCCUUGACACAAAAAACAGACCUGACUUGUGGAAAGCUGUUCAGCAAACAAUAUAUGUGAUAACACAGAAAACAAAGGGAACAAAUGAAUGGGAUCCCAGUUUCAUUGAGAAGUUAUGCAACACAGUUGCUCCUUAUGUGAAGAAUCAAUACUCUUCUGACAUUAGAGUCUACACAUAUGGCAUAUUUGCAAACUUGCUUAUAGUUAAAAAUGCUGUUAAAAUCUUUACAACAGUGGGGAUAACUUCAGUGCCCAAGGACAUACUGACAUCUGCAGAAAUGAAAAUGAAUGACAAGCUGAAAGAAGUUCUCAGACGAUUGAAAAAUCACUUCAGCAAACGAAAUGUGGAAUGUGACGAGGGUAGAGUCGCACCUGAAGCCAGGAAAAAGUACAAAAGGGAGGAGUCAGAAAAGCAUGAAGACCCAAAUGAUGAAGUUUGCAGUACUUUAACUGAUCCAGAAGCAGCUCCUGUUGUGGAAUCAACUACAGAUGUAAAGCCAUCUGAAUUUAAUCCCACUACCCCAACAUGGCCACCAGUGAGCAAGAGGUGGAGGGAAAAACUAGAGAAGCUUAUGAACACUGAUGAAAGUAGAGUCACCAAAAUUAAAAGCAUCAUUUAUGUAAAUGAUGCAGAAUUCCGCAUAGCAAAGGGAAGUGAUGGUACGGAAGUCUUCUUGGGGCUGAGAGAUGACGACACUGAAGUUGCAAUCAAGAGAAUGUCUAAAAGCAACUAUCAAGUGCUGAAGAAUGAGAAAGGACUUCUACGACUUCCGGAGCUGGAUCACCAUUUUAUUGUACGAUACAUUGACUUUGCAGAGGACGAGAACUUUGGAUAUCUUUGUCUUCAGCUCUGUGAAUACACCUUGGAAGAAUAUAUCAGAAAAAUUGAUGACAGUCUGUUGAUAAAGAAACUUGUCAGGGAGGUUCUCGAAAGUUUAAGUGUGCUUCAUUGUCAGAAUCCUCCAAUUCUUCACCGGGAUCUCAAACCACAAAAUGUUUUGAUUGAUGUGACCGGAAGAGCAAGAUUAGCUGAUUUUGGCAUAAGUAGACGAUUACUCCAAGGCCAAACGACUUUGCGCACAGCCAGUGCAGGAACAAAAUGCUGGAUGGCCAGGGAGACUUUAGCAGUUGAAGCCGACAUACCGUACAAGUCAAGCACUGAUAUACAGGUGGCAGGGAUGCUGAUUUAUUAUAUCCUGUCUGGAGGACACCAUCCGUUCGGAGAUAAACCCUAUGAGUAUGAGUACAACAUUCAUGAAGGGAAGUACAAUUUGGAACGCGUUCAAGACAUGGUGGCAAAGGAUCUCAUCGAGUGGAUGAUCCAUGAAGAACCAAAGAAAAGACCUGAAGUGGAACAAUGCUUGAUUCAUCCCUUCUUCUGGACCAAGGAAAGGAGAGUAGAUUACUUGCGAAGGAUUGGCAACAGGGAGGAGGUGGCAAACUAUCGAAAUGCCGACCAGGAACUGAUUUGUUCACUGGAAGAAUGGGCUGGGGAUGGAUCUUUCAAACUGUGGAAAAAUAAGUUUCCACCAGAGUUGGUCCGGAAGAUGGAUGGCAAGAAGAAAGCCUACAAUGAAAACACUUUGGGAUUACUGCGCUUCAUACGAAACCUCCAUGAGCAUUAUGCUAAGGAUGCAGCCCAAGUUGAUGUGAUGACGAUAUUUCCUGAUCUCUUUGGAUGUGUUUACAAGUUUGCCAAAAACCGAGGGUGGAAUUCAGACACUCCGCUGAUGGAAAUGUUUCUAAGAGGAGACAUCACCACCAGCUUUGUAAUGCUGUCCUCAAGCCUUAAGGAGCACCUCGGUGUCCCAGUUCAAGAGUCUCAACCCAGUGACUGGAAGUGAAGUUUGAUUUUAAAAGGAUUAAGGACUUGACUUUAGGGUGUUAUGAGCAGGUCAUUUCGUGAUUGUUGAAAUCCUAUGCCAUUUGAAGUGUAAGAAACAAAGGAUAAACAUUUUCAGUAUGUUCAUUGGAAUAGAGCACAUUUGGGAUGGGAUAUGUGUCUCCAAUAAGGUCCUGGAUAUUGAAAAUAACAGAAAUUACUACUACUUUUCAAAAAGGCAGCUGAGAGACUUAGUAGGCUCUUGUCUGUGACACGUCCACAAAAUCAUACUGAAAUCCAAAUGACGUUUUACUGAAGUUUAUUGAAUCAAAAAAUCAAAAAGGACUGACAAGCAUUUGUUCCACAAGAAUAUAAAACCUGAUGUGAUCCGACUGUGAGAAUAAAGUGAUGAAAGACGAUGGUGAUAAUGAUGACGAUGGUGAAGGUCAACAGAAAACAUAUCGGAGCUCUACCAACUCCCUUUGUCCAAAUCUGCCGCCGCCACCCAAGUGAACAGGUAAAAUAAGGGGUAACCACACCCAUGUGUCAAUCAACGGAAGUGAUGCAAUACGUGCAGCCCAAGCAAAUAUAAACAUAAGCAAAAAUUAUUUUGGCUCCUACAGAAAUAUUUUGAUAAAACCUCUGGUAUAAAGAGGAAUAAGUGAUAUCCUCUCAGGUUCCAGUGGGAAUCGCUAAAUGUGUUUGUACAUAAAAGGUUGGAAUUUUACAGUUUGCAUGUCAGAAGGCUAUAUGGAAACUGUACUGAUUUACACAUUGAAACAAGGAUAAUAGUUUUUAUCAUGUAAUUUCUAGUUCAUAAUUUGCUACACUAUCAUUUUCAAUAAAGUCAAUCUAA